AUGUAUCCGGGAAACGGUAGGUAUACCUACAACAACAGCAACAACAACAAUAAUAAUAAUAACAAUUAUAAUGGAAAUGGUAAUGGUAACUAUGGUAGGCCUGCAAUGCCACCUCCAUCUAUGAACUAUAAUAACAGUACCCAAAUGGAUUAUAAUAGACCAUCUGGUCCUCCACCGAGUUAUAGUAACUAUAACAGUAAUAAUAAUUCUAAUGGGUCUCGGGGUAAUAACGAUCAGAAUAAUUAUAAUGGGUAUCAAAGACCAACGGGUGCCCCACCACAAUCAUUAAAUAAUCCAAGUUAUUCAGGUGCCCCAUCGAAUUAUUCACAACCUUCAAAUUUCCAGGCACCUCCAACGGUACCACAAUCGUUUAAUGGUAAUUUCACUAAUGAACAAUAUCAAUAUUCUCAGUGUACAGGUCGCCGUAAAGCAUUAAUCAUUGGGAUUAAUUAUAUUGGUACACAGAAUGCUUUGAGAGGUUGUAUUAAUGACGCUCAUAAUAUCUUUAACUUCUUAACUCAAUAUCAUGGUUAUUCUCCAGAUGAUAUUGUCAUUCUGACAGAUGAUCAAACUGAUUUGGUUAGAGUACCAACUAGAGCUAAUAUAAUUCGUGCAAUGCAAUGGUUAGUUAAAGAUGCACAACCAAACGACUCAUUAUUUUUCCAUUAUUCAGGCCAUGGUGGUCAAACUGAAGAUUUAGACGGGGAUGAAGAAAGUGGAUAUGAUAGUACUAUUUAUCCUGUGGAUUUCCAAUCUACCAGCCACAUAAUCGAUGAUGAAAUGCAUGAUAUAAUGGUGAAACCUUUAUUACCAGGUGUUAGACUAACUGCCUUAUUCGAUUCAUGUCAUUCCGGUACUGCUUUGGAUUUACCUUAUGUUUAUUCUACUAAAGGUGUAGUGAAAGAACCUAAUAUGUGGAAAGACGUUGGAGGUGAUGGUUUACAGGCUGCUAUGGCUUAUGCUACGGGUAAUAGAAUGGCUUUAGUGAGUUCUUUAGGGUCAAUGUUUAAUACUGUAAAGAAAGGUAUGGGUAACAAUGUCGACAGAGAGAAAGUAAGACAAAUUAAGUUUUCAGCAGCUGAUGUGGUAAUGUUUUCCGGUUCGAAGGAUAAUCAAACUUCAGCAGAUGCCAUUGAAGAUGGUCAAAAUACAGGUGCAAUGUCUUAUUCCUUUAUUAAAUGUUUAACCUUACAACCUUUACAAUCAUAUUUAUCCCUUCUUCAAAAUAUGAGACAAGAGUUGAGUAGUAAAUAUACCCAAAAACCGCAAUUGUCAGCAUCUCAUCCUAUGGAUGUUCAGUUACAAUUUAUAAUGUAA